UAAAGCCAUUCCAGUCAUCAACGGGCUAUCUCUUCCCAUAAUGCAUCAUACAGAGUGAAGGGGAAGAUGCGCACUUCUCCGCCUCCCACACCCUCCCACAGUGCGGCCGGUCAUUCUAAUACACCGGUUAAUACAUGGAUAUGCAGUACGAAGGAUAAACUGUAACAAAGGGUCCGUGUGAUAUAUAAACUCCCCGGAGGAUCAUCUUCUCAGUUCGCUUCGUGUCUUCGGUCCUACAGCAAUAUGAAUAGCCACCAGUUGGCCAAGCUAGUCUUGGUGCUGUCGUGCAUCGGCAGCGACGUUCUCGGGGGUCUCCUGCCCGGGGGUGGCGCAGGUGCUGGAGGAUAUCAGUACAACCGGCCGGGCGGUGGUGGAUUCGGUGGAGGAGGACAUGCAGGUGACACCGGUUUCGGCGUCGGGGGUCGCGGUGGUGACUUUGGCAUCGGCAGUUACAGAGGAAGACCCAGCCAAGCUUACGGUCCACCCGGAAGCGGUGACUCUUUCGGCAGGCCAGGCGGAUUCGGAGGUCAACCAUCGUAUAAAUAUCCGCAAUUUGGCGAGGGUGGCAGCGGUGGAUACCAAGAUGGCGGUGCUGGAGGAGCUCAAGGAGGAUACGGUUACGGUGGACGCGAUGGCGGAAGGCCGCAACCGUACAGCUUCCAAUACGAAGUUGUCGAUCCGCCAAGCGGCAAUGAUUACUCUCAGCGUGAGAGCAGCGAUGGUAACGUCGUUCAAGGAGAGUACAGAGUCCUGUUGCCAGACUCGAGGACGCAAAUCGUUCGUUACAUGGCUGACGACGUAAAUGGAUACAAUGCGGAGGUUCAAUAUGAAGGACAGGCUCGCGGAGGAUAUCCAGGAGGUGGAUAUCAGGCUGGCGGCUAUCAAGGGGGUAAAGGUGGCGGUUUUGGUGGACCCGGAAGUGGUUUUGGAGGUGGCGGCUUUGGUGGCGACGGUGCCAGCAAUCAAUAUUUGCCACCGCAUAAUUAUCAUAAAUAACCAUUCAACACGGGCUACCUUACCAAAAUAUGAUAUAUACUGCGUGUAUUUCUGACGACAACCAUCACGGACCUCCCUCGUUUACGGCUUUUAUUCUGAAUACGGUAAUCCUUCGCUCACACGAACCCUCUCCCUAUCACCUAUGCGUCCACAGAUCACUUUCACCUGUAUUUAACGAUUACACAAGAACUAAUUAGGAUAACUUUAUAUGCAUGCAUGAGUGUAUGUAUUUA